GAAGCUCAUCGUGUGGCAGACCAAACUAAUCGAUCCGCGCUGUUGAGUUGUUUUCGAUUUCGGAUUUCCUGGUCAGAUGAGAGAACGGAAAAACUCUCAACAAACACCACUUCCUUCACGACCACAUUCACUAUCUAUCCGUUAACCACCCCACCAUUCACGUAACGUAAAAAGAGUCUCGUACCCCGCCGAGAAACAAGGAAAUCGGAGUUUAUUUGCCUCUUCUUCCUGGAUCCGUGUCAGUGUCGAAUAUGUCCGCGUCCGCUGGCGGUGCCGCGUCUCCGGGUUCGGCCCUCUCCGUCGGUCCCGCUACGGCUCCGGGCUCUGGCAUGUCCAUGUUCCGGUGGCUGGAGGUGCUGGAAAAAGAGUUCGAUAAAGCGUUUGUGGAUGUCGAUCUGUUGAUGGGAGAGAUAGAUCCGGAUCAGGCUGAUAUCACGUAUGAGGGCCGUCAGAAGAUGACCAGUCUAAGCUCGUGCUUCGCUCAGCUCUGUCAUAAAGCACAAACCAUCUUUCAGCUCAACCACAAACUAGAGGCUCAGCUGGUAGACCUGCGUUCAGAGCUGACAGACGUGCAGGCGGAGAAGGCAGUUGUGGAGGAAGAGGUCCACGAACAGCUUCUGCAGCUUCACGCCAUGCAGCUCAAACUUCAAGCCAAAGCCGGUCAGACGGUGGACUCCGACUCCAUCAUGGACAGGAUGCAUGUUCCCUCAGUGGACGAGAUGGAGAAGGAACUGAAGGCCAGUAAGAAAGAGAAAGUGAAGGAGGCCAAGCUGGAAGCUGAGGUAAAGUUGCUGAAGAAAGAGAACGAGGCCCUCCGCAGGCAUAUCGCGGUACUACAGGCUGAGGUUUAUGGAGCCAGACUGGCAGCCAAAUACUUAGACAAAGAGCUGGCAGGAAGGGUUCAGCAGAUACAGUUGCUGGGGCGAGACAUGAAAGGACCAGCUCAUGAUAAACUGUGGAACCAGCUAGAAGCAGAGAUUCACCUGCACCGCCACAAAACAGUCAUCCGAGCCUGCAGGGGGCGCAACGACCCCAACAAGCCCUUGCCAUCACCCGUGGGCCAUGACACAGACUCUUUGAAGAAGACACAAGGAGUUGGUCCUAUACGCAAAGUUGUUCUGACCAAAGAAGAUCACGAAGGGCUUGGAAUCUCCAUAACAGGCGGUAAAGAACACGGAGUUCCCAUCCUCAUCUCGGAAAUUCACCCCACCCAGCCGGCAGAACGCUGCAGAGGCUUGCACGUUGGCGAUGCCAUCUUAGCAGUCAACAACAUCAACCUGAGAGACGCCAAGCACAAAGAGGCAGUCACCAUCCUUUCACAGCAGAGGGGGGAGAUCGAGUUUGAGGUGGUUUACGUGGCUCCGGAGGUGGAUUCGGAUGACGAGAACGUGGAGUAUGAAGACGACAGCGGCCAUCGGUACCGUCUGUACCUGGACGAACUGGAGGAGGGACCAGGAGCCAAUCAGAACAAUGGCACUGCUGACCCCACCUCCUUACAAGCUGUAGGGAAGCACUUAGCGAAUAACAGAACAGAAAAUGGAGAUACAACCUUGUCAAGUGAGAGUCCUUCGGAAGAGAAGAUCUCCAAGACAGAGGAAUCAACAGAGAGUUCUUAGGUCUCCAGAUACAAAGAAAAAUCCUGUAGAUUGAAGAGGAGCACCUGAUGUGAGGAACAGAAAGAGAUUGCACAUGUACAAUUUGUAACACAAAAAUAUACUUAUGCCGUAUGGAGAACAGACUGUUUUGACUCUGUCCACUGGAAAUGAACCACUCGGAGAAGAGAGGAGUGUUACUCAGCUGACACAGAGGACUGUUCGCAUGUUUACGUCACCAACUUGAUUUAGUUGUAAAGAAAGAGUUGAGGGGGGAAAAAUCAUAUUCUCAACCUUGUUUGUGUAUCUUUUCCAUGCAUAUAAUGACCUUCAGUAGGUGAGAUGAAUCUCCGCUGAUGUAGAGGAACAGAAUCCCCAAACUGGAAAAAUUCUGCAGUUGUUUAUUUCCCUGUAAAAGUGUUCCGAAAACAUCUAUGCUGAUUAUUAUUCUGUCACAAGAACUGAAUAAUGUUUUCUUAAAAAUACAGCAUACAUGAGGGUAAAAACAACAGAAUUUUGGAGUAAACCUGUUCCUUAGGAUAGAUGGAUAUAACGAAAGUGUAUGUUCAUACAAAACAUCAAUAGUUUUAAUGUUGCACUUUUAGUCUAGUGUGAGCCUGUGCUGUUAAACCUGCUUAGCUGUCCUCCUCUAAAGCAAUGACACAAGAACGAUGUCACUUCCUGUUUUGCAGACGGGAGGAUGACACGGAUGGAAACAGCGCACAUACACGCGUCAUGUAUUUACAUUACACACAGUCUCCACAUUCGUUCAAGCAAAAAAGUGGAGAGGACUUCCGGGUUUUAUUUCACCCUAAUCUCUAUUUCUCAUGUGACAAAGAAAUAUACAUUUAGGGUGAAGUAAAUACAAAAACCUCCAAUAGAUUUCAUUGUAAUUUUCCAAAUAUUUUCUCCUACGUGUCCUGUGAAGUAUUUUUCAACAUCUAUCCCGAACAGCGUCCGGUGGACCUGACACUGUCGCUGAACUUACUUAACUACCGUAUUAACAGUGACUUUGUAAAAGAUUACUGAUUGUUAUCCAGUUAAGGGAGUGUGUUUGCAUUUUAAGACAACAAAAUGAGUUGUUUAAAUGAAUUUAAUCCAAGCCUAUAUCUUUGUUUUGCAAAAAACCUUGCUCUGGUUUUGAGGAUUCUGAACGACCAUCCUCCCCUAUUCAGUGUCAGUAAAGUUAGCUCUAGUGCCUCAAAUCUGUGAAUUGUAACAUCACUACUGUAUAGCUCGCUAGAAGAGAUUUCUAUAAUCAGUGUUGCUUCCCUAUUAUUCAGUUAUUUAACAUAUCACUGAACUCUCACGCUCUGGAAUAUUUCGCCUCUUAAAGAUCUCUCAAGAUCUUCCUACACUGAUCACCCCGUAUUUAAAUAAACACAUGGGCUGUAUAGCAAUAAAACAUUCCCUAAAUAGAAAAUACAUGUUUAUAUGUAGCCUGUAUACAAUACACAUCAAUUAUUCAUGAUCAUCACUGUUAUAUUCUGCUGUUUAUUACCCCACUGUAUCUUCACAGGUGUUUUUGGGAUGUUAAGCAGAUGACCAUUUGGUCUUCUGUUAUCAGUAUGUGUUGUGGGCUGUUGGUGUAGCUUUUAUUUUUUUGUUACUGAUUAGUAUGGAUUCGGGUGCAAUGCGACCCCCCUGGGCGCUAUGUUCUUCCCACAGUGCCAGUGCAUGGCACAGCACAGACACAACCCGGAUUUUCAUAGCAAAGUAUUUGAUUCUGGUUUAUUUCUCCAUUUAUCUUUGGAACACUGCUUUUUAUGUCCAGUGUCACGAAUUUCUGAAACACGGGAGAUUUGGAAACAAUGUUCCAGAUGUCGUUGAUGUAUGACUUGACAGGAUUCAAUAAACUUACAUUUAUUUGCCCACAAUGAUAUCUUGAUUGUGUGUCGAUAAAUCUAGUAAUUAUUUACAU